CCCUCUCAUUUCCUCUCAGCUCUUCCCACUCUCUCCAUCUCUCCGUUUCUCCAUCCUUCCAUCUCUCCCCUCCUCCCUCUCAUCUCUCCCCUCGCCCCUCCAUCUGUCUGUGUUUGGAUUUCACAGAAAUAACCUGUUGCAUUCAGGGGCAGACUGACAUAUAGGCAGACCUCUAUAGCAUAUACACACAUCUAAACUGACAGACUUUUUCAACACACAGACACAUUCACACAGCUAUGGAGAGAGACAGAUGAUUUAGUCUGUGGUUUACUACUCAAUGUUAGUACACAGUGAGUUGGUUUUGAGGUUGUGUGGCUGGUUGACUGGCUGGGACGGGACAAUCUAGUGUCUAGCAUUCUACAGGGACGGAGGACAACAGGAAGGUGAAGCCUGAAAAAGACCAAAUGUGAAGAUGACGGGGCAGGUGUUGGGUGAGGGUACUGAGCUGGCGUCUCAGAGGCUGUCAGUGAAGACAUGGCUGGACGAGGAAUGCGAGAGAGCAGACAGCAACCUGAGUCACCUGAGUCGAGGCCAGUCUAUUUGUGAUGACACGUCGUCAGAACUACAACGGAUGGCUGUCAUUGACCGGAGAGGACUCACCUCCCAGAACUCCUUCAGAGGGAGAGGAGCCAUGUCAAGGUUGGUCAGCAUGGUGGUGACUUUGAGAGAGUGGGCUCAUAAGAGUUUGGUUGAGGAGCAAGAGAGACCUGAUUCGUUCCUGGAAAGGUUCCGAGGCCCUGAUCUGCAGGCUCCGCCCAGCAGGAUCAGCCAAUCACGACCGGAUGCUGAGCCCACUGACCACAACGACCACAUACACACUAAGAGUCCAGGUAUGUUGAUAUUAUCUCCAGCUGAUAAUAUCUAUUACCACUGGCUCCUGAUCAUCUCGACUGCUGUGCUCUACAACUGGUGCCUCCUGGUGGCCAGGGCAUGCUUUGAUGAGCUUCAGACGAGUGGUGCCAUCGUGUGGCUGGUGUUGGACUACCUGUGUGACGGUCUCUACAUCUUGGACACAGCCGUCAGGCUACGCACAGGUUUCCUGGAGCAGGGUCUGUUGGUGAAGGACCUCUCUAAGCUGAGAGACAGUUAUCUGAAGACGGUUCAGUUUAAACUAGACCUGUUGUCUAUCCUGCCUACUGACCUGUUCUACCUAUCUCUGGGAAUACACACUCCUCUCCUCCGCUUCAACAGACUGCUGCGGUUCAACCGCAUGUUCGAGUUCUUCGACCGUACAGAGACCAGGACCAGUUACCCCAACGCCUUCCGCAUCACUAACCUGGUCCUUUACAUACUGGUGAUCAUCCACUGGAACGCCUGUAUGUACUACUCCUUCUCCAAGGCCCUGGGACUGGGGUCUGACUCCUGGGUGUAUCCCAACCAGACAACUCUGUCGCGGGGUUACAUCUACUGCCUCUACUGGUCCACCCUCACCCUCACCACCAUAGGAGAGACACCGCCACCCGUACGAGAUGAGGAGUUCCUCUUUGUGGUCUUUGACUUCCUGGUGGGCGUGUUGAUCUUUGCCAGCAUCGUGGGGAACGUGGGAGCCAUGAUCUCCAAUAUGAACGCUACGCGGGCAGAGUUCCAGAGCCGCAUCGACCAGGUCAAACACUACAUGCAGUUCAGACACGUCAGCCGUGACCUGGAGCAUCGUGUCAUUCGCUGGUUCGACUACCUCUGGACCAAUCAAAAGGCGGUAGACGAACAGGAAGUUCUGAAGAGCCUGCCCAAUAAACUGAGGGCUGAGAUCGCUAUCAAUGUGCACCUGGAAACUUUAAAGAAGGUGCGUAUCUUCCAGGACUGUGAAGCAGGCCUGCUAGUAGAGUUGGUAUUGAAGCUGCGUCCCCAGGUCUUCUCUCCAGGAGAUUAUAUCUGUCGUAAAGGAGAUAUUGGGAAGGAGAUGUACAUUAUUAAAGAUGGCCGCCUGGCGGUGGUGGGAGAUGAUGGAGCUACUCAGCUGGCCAUGCUCACUUCAGGAAGCUGCUUCGGGGAGAUCAGCAUCCUGAACAUCCGGGGCAGUAAGAUGGGAAACAGGAGAACAGCUAACAUCCGUAGCCUUGGUUACUCUGACCUGUUCUGUCUGUCUAAGAGAGAUCUGACCGAGGCACUCAGCGACUUCCCUCAUGCUAGAACCCAGUUGGAGCAGAGGGGGCGGGAUAUCCUCAGGAAGGAGGGGCUACUGGAUGAAGUGGGAGGAGAUAGCCUGGGAGUGGAGGAAAUGGAGGAGAAGGUGGAGAAGUUGGAGGCGUGUGUGGAUCGUCUCCAGACGCAGUUGGCACGUUUACAAAUGGAGUAUGCCACCGCGCAGCAACGUCUGAAGCAGCGAAUCACGGCUCUGGAACACAGCGUCGGCACCACGGUUACCGUCGGAAGCGGUUUCCUGUCCGACGCCGAUGGCAAUGAGAGUGGCGGUGACGACGGAGCACGCAGUGAGAUCAACAUCAGACUGUGACAACAACGCUGUAUCGCCAUAGAGACAGCUGGAAGAGCGUUUAUCUUAUUUACUCUGUUUUAUUUAGUUAGAUUUAAUAUUUUGUGGCAGAUUUGAUAUCUGUUGUUGUUGUUGUUUUUGUCUGUCAGCAGGGUGUCGCUGUGCUUAAUGAUGGUGUAACGCUGAGUCUACCUGUAAGCUACUGUAUGUUCAACAUUGUAAAAACGAAACUGUCUCUUGAAAAACAUGUUGAAAAAAUUAUUUCACCUUAAAUUCCUGUUAAUGACAACCCAAACAAUAACUUCCAAUAGUUUUUUUUUUACUUGAUGGUUAUUUUUUUAAAUAACAGAGCUCUCUACCAGGCGGUUGAGAAGUCAACAGGAAAUAACAGAGCUCUCUCUACCAGGCGGUUGAGAAGUCAACAGGAAAUAACAGAGCUCUCUACCAGGCGGUUGAGAAGUCAACAGGAAAUAACAGAGCUCUCUACCAGGCGGUUGAGAAGUCAACAGGAAAUAACAGAGCUCUCUACCAGGCGGUUGAGAAGUCAACAGGAAAUAACAGAGCUCUCUACCAGGCGGUUGAGAAGUCAACAGGAAAUAACAGAGCUCUCUAACAGGCGGUUGAGAAGUCAACAGGAAAUAACAGAGCUCUCUAACAGGCGGUUGAGAAGUCAACAGGAAAUAACAGAGCUCUCUCUACCAGGCGGUUGAGAAGUCAACAGGAAAUAACAGAGCUCUCUACCAGGCGGUUGAGAAGUCAACAGGAAAUAACAGAGCUCUCUCUACCAGGCGGUUGAGAAGUCAACAGGAAAUAACAGAGCUCUCUACCAGGCGGUUGAGAAGUCAACAGGAAAUAACAGAGCUCUCUACCAGGCGGUUGAGAAGUCAACAGGAAAUAACAGAGCUCUCUACCAGGCGGUUGAGAAGUCAACAGGAAAAAACAGAGCUCUCUAACAGGCGGUUGAGAAGUCAACAGGAAAUAACAGAGCUCUCUCUACCAGGCGGUUGAGAAGUCAACAGGAAAUAACAGAGCUCUCUACCAGGCGGUUGAGAAGUCAACAGGAAAUAACAGAGCUCUCUACCAGGCGGUUGAGAAGUCAACAGGAAAUAACAGAGCUCUCUACCAGGCAGUUGAGAAGUCAACAGGAAAUAACAGAGCUCUCUACCAGGCGGUUGAGAAGUCAACAGGAAAUAACAGAGCUCUCUACCAGGCGGUUGAGAAGUCAACAGGAAAUAACAGAGCUCUCUCUAACAGGCGGUUGAGAAGUCAACAGGAAAUAACAGAGCUCUCUCUACCAGGCGGUUGAGAAGUCAACAGGAAAUAACAGAGCUCUCUACCAGGCGGUUGUGAAGUCAACAGGAAAUAACAGAGCUCUCUACCAGGCGGUUGAGAAGUCAACAGGAAAUAACAGAGCUCUCUACCAGGCGGUUGAGAAGUCAACAGGAAAUAACAGAGCUCUCUACCAGGCGGUUGAGAAGUCAACAGGAAAUAACAGAGCUCUCUACCAGGCGGUUGAGAAGUCAACAGGAAAUAACAGAGCUCUCUCUAACAGGCGGUUGAGAAGUCAACAGGAAAUAACAGAGCUCUCUCUACCAGGCAGUUGAGAAGUCAACAGGAAAUGACAGAGCUCUCUACCAGGCGGUUGUGAAGUCAACAGGAAAUAACAGAGCUCUCUACCAAGAGGUUGAGAAGUCAACAGGAAAUAACAGAACUCUCUACCAGGCAGUUGAGAAGUCAACAGGAAAUAACAUAGCUCUCUCUAUCAGGCGGUUGAGAAGUCAACAGGAAAUAAUAGAGCUCUCUACCAAGCAGUUGAGAAGUCAACAGGAAAUAACAGAGCUCUCUACCAGGCGGUUGAGAAGUCAACAGGAAAUAACAGAGCUCUCUACCAGGCAGUUGAGAAGUCAACAGGAAAUAACAGAGCUCUCUACCAGGCAGUUGAGAAGUCAACAGGAAAUAACAGAGCUCUCUCUACCAGGCGGUUGAGAAGUCAACAGGAAAUAACAGAGCUCUCUACCAGGCAGUUGAGAAGUCAACAGGAAAUAACAGAGCUCUCUACCAGGCGGUUGAGAAGUCAACAGGAAGUAACAGAGCUUUCUACCAGGCGGUUGAGAAGUCAACAGGAAAUAACAGAGCUCUCUACCAGGCAGUUGAGAAGUCAACAGGAAAUAGGGUGCCCCCAUAGCACUCUAAUCUCAAGGAGUGCCCCCAUAGGACUCUAGCCUCAAGGAGUGCCCCCAUAGCACUCUAAUCUCAAGGAGUGCCCCCAUAGAACUCUAGCCUCAAGGAAUGCCCCCAUAGGACUCUAGCCUCAAGGAGUGCCCCCAUAGAACUCUAAUAACAGAGCUCUCUCUACCAGGCGGUUGAGAAGUCAACAGGAAAUAACAGAGCUGUGAUACAGCCUGGAUUUGAACCGGGGAUUGUAGUGAUGCCUUUUUCACUGAGAUGCAGUGCCUUAGACCGCUGCUCCACAUACAUAUCAGUACAUACACACAACAAGUAGGUCACAUGGAGGAGAGUCGUUGUGCCAUGAGGGAAAGGGGAAGGGGGAUACCUUGUCAGUUGUACAACUGAAUGCAUUCAACUGAAAUGAGUUGUUGUUUUAUUCAUUUUUGAAACCAGGUAUGCUGUUCACUAUAUGAAGGGAGUCCCAUGCACUCAUGGCUCUGUAUAAUACUGUAUGUUUCCUUGAAUUUGUUCUGGACCUGGGGUCUGUGAAAAGACCCCUGGUGGCAUGUUUGCUGGGAUAAGUGUGUGUGUCAGUGCUGUGUGGAAGUUGACUAUGCAAACAAUUUAGAAUUUCCUUCACAUAAAUGUUUCUUAUAAAAACAAGAUGUGACGCAGUCAGUCUUCCUCAACUCUUAGCCGAGAGAGACUGGCAUGCACGGUGUUGAUACAGUAUAGCCAUCUGAUUACGAUGAAGAGCAGGACGUGCAGCUCUAUUCUGGAUCAGCUGCAGCUUAACUAGGUCUUUUAUUGCAGCACUUGACCAUAUGACUGGACAAUAAUCAAGAUAAGAUAAAACUAGAGCCUGCAGAACUUGCUUUGUGGUGUGUCGUGUCAAAAAAGCAAAGCAUUUUUUCUCCCCAUCUUUACAACCAUUGAAUCAAUAUAUUUAGACCAUGACGGUUUACAAUUUAAGGUAAUAUCAAGUAAUUUAGUCUCCUCAAUUUGUUCAACAGCCACACCAUUCAUUACCAGAUUCACCUGAGGUCUAGAACUUAAAACCAGUUAGAGAUAGGGGGCAGUAUUUCCACUUUGGAUGAAUUGCGUGCCCAUAGUGAACUGCAUCAAAAUCUGUCCUAAAUUGCUAAUAUAUGCAUAUUAUUAUUAAUAUUGGAUAGAAAACACUCUGAAGUUACUAAAACCGUUUAAAUUAUGUCUGUGAGUAUAACAGAACUCACAGGGCAGGCAAUCUUCCAAACAAGUUUUGAAAUCCUGAAAGUUGGGGCAACUUUGACGUCAUCGCCCCCUCCCUUCCCAACAAGUUAUGGAUCUGGAAACACUUCCUACGUCUUCCACUAGAUGUCCUCAUUCAGUAGAAAGUAUAAUGGAGCAUUUGCUGUGAACUUUGACCUAAUGGGAAGGAAAGUAGUUGGUGUCGCAAAAGGAAUAUUUAUGUUGUAAUUUUGUAUUUCUGUUGACUCCAACAUGGCGGAGAAAUAUUGUUACGUCUGAGCGCCAUCUCAGAUUAUAGGUAUGUUAGGCUUUUUCCGUAAGUUUAAAAAGAAAUGUGACACAGCGGUUGCAUUAAGAACCAGUGUAUCUUUAAUUAUAUGUAGAACAUGUAUCUUUAGUCAAA